GGCAGGAGCAGGAGGAGGAGGAGGAGGAGCAUGGGAUCCCCAGUCGCUGUGCAACCUGCUGCAUGCGGCUGCGGAGCUGCGACUGCCGCCGCCCGCCCCCCUCAUGUCGCUGCUGCUGAGCCGCUGCCGGGAGUGCAUGGGACACAUGCCGGGGCAGGCCCUCAGCAGUACCGUCUGGUCGCUUCACCGCCUCGACGUCCGCCCGCCCCCCGGCUGGCUGGCCCCGCUGCUGGAGCGCAGCGCGGGGGCCAUGGCGCACAUGACCGCCGGGGAGCUGGCGACGCUGCUGUACGGCUUGGCACAUCUGACCACACCUCGCCGUACGGAAGAGACAACGUGGGCGGCAGCAGGGACAAGACCGGCAGCAGCUGCAGGGGUGGCUGCUGCUGCUGCUGAUGGUGCUGCAGCAGGGGUGGCUGGGCCUGGGUGGCUAGGUUGCGGAAAUGGGGUGGCGUGCAUGCAGGAGGAGAGUGCGUUCCCAGAGCGGCAGUGGUUGGUGCGGGCGGAGGCGGCCUCGCUGUGCUGCAUGGAUGGGUGCCAGCCGGUGGACCUGUACCGUCUGCUGGCGGCGCUGGCCCGCUGGCGCCACUCCCCGGGACCCGAGUGGCGCGCCGCGUUCCUGCAGCAGCUGGGGCGCAGGCUGGAAGGGGGGGAGCUGCCGGCGUGGCAGUUAUCCCACAUCGUGCACCACCUGGGCGCACUGCGCUGCUGCCCGCCGCUGCCGCUGCUCAACACCCUGGUGGCGGGGGCGGCGGGCGGCCGAGUGGCCUCUCCUCGGGACCUGGCGAAACUGGUGGUGGGGCUGGCACGCAUGGGGAGACAGGUGAGUCCCCGGCUGCUGACCUCCCUGUUAGCGGAGCUCCAGCACCUCGAACCCCUGGACCCGCCGCCGCCUGCACCCCCCGACGACACCCGCCACCACCACAACUACCCCCAACAGCAGCUGCAGCUGCUCCCCCCGGGGGCAGCACCUGCACCCACAUGGCGCUCCGUAACCUCCUUCCUGGCAGCCUCCUCCAGACCCCUGCUCGCCAGCCAGCCUCCUCGCCCCCCUGGCCGCAAGCGCGGCGGCAGGCAGGUGCGGGAGCAGCGGGAGAGGCUGAAGGCCAAGUUGCUACUGCAGGCGGCUCGGGCGCGGGAGAGGGCUGCGGCACGAGCCGGGGAGGAGGCCGCUGUUGACACUGCAUGUGGCGGUGCCGCGGGAGGAGGAGGAGGAGGAGGAGGAGGAGGGCCGUCUGCGGACAGCGCCGGUGCAGCUUUAAUAACGGCAACCGUUCCGCGCACCCCGUCCUGGUUUAGCCCCAUGCCAGCACCCACCUCCACCUCCUCCAGGCCUCUUCCUCCACCUUCUCCACCACCGCCACGAAGCACCGCGGUCUCCCUCCUGGGUCUGCCGCUGCUGGUGGAAACCCUGUGGGCGCUCACACGGCUGAGUUACGCGCCCGCCGUCCCAUGGGUCACUUCUUGCACCCGGGCGCUGGCUCCGGUGCUGAGCUGCAUGAGUGC